UUUAGUCAAGCUUCAAUUUCAAAAUGUUCAGUAAAGGACAUGUUUAUGCUCUUGACUAGAAGAUCUUGCAGCCAAAACAGCAUGCUUUUUUAUCACAAAAGAAGUAAUAUAUGGAUAUUCAUAUACUCUAAUACAAUGUCAUGGAUUCGAGCAACUAUUGUGCUGGUUUUUCAGUGGAUUUUUUUCCUGGCUUCUCAGUAGAUUUUGUUCCUGGCUUCUCAGUAGAUUCAGUUCCUGGCUUCUCAGUAGAUUCUGUUCCUGGCUUUCCAGUAGAUUCUGUUCCCGCAGGAGGCAGUUCCUUGGAGGCCAGCUCGGAAACUUCAGCAUACCAUGCAAGGAACUUUUUCCACACUGCUAUUGUUGUCGAUGUGCCUGCCUUCAGUGGAAAACCACCUGCUCUCUUGACUCGGAGGCAUGAACAUCCACAUACUACAAAAACAAGUUAACAAUCAAAGACUCACUGCCUCAGAAGCCAUAGCAUUAUCCAGGAGAUUAGCAACUUUAUUGCUAUUUGCCUGUGUCUUCGUCAGGUAGUCUCCGAGAGCUACCAUUUUGGCAGAUAAACUCACCACUGCUUCGGG